AUGAGUUUAUAAACUAGAUCUAUAGAAAGGGGUUCUGUAGAUAAAUCCCAAAAUUGCCAGUAAUUAAGGAUAUUUAUAGAAGACAUGACUUCCUUAAUUGGUUCUGCUCUUGUAGAGGAAUUUCGAAAUGAUCACGAGACUGAUAUAAAUCCAAAUAUUAUUGUUGGGAAUGGGGAAAAUCUGCCAAGAGGAGCAACUAAAUUAAUAAAUGCAGCUGAUACAACUGAAUUAGGUUAGGUUAUCUUAGAUUGUGAUAUUAUCAUUUUUCAUUAGAAUUAUUGUUAAGCUGAGUAUGCUUACAAAUUAUUAAAAUAUGGUAAUUAUAACUCAGAGAAAACAUUUGUUUUAGUGAGUAAUCCAUUAACUUGGUCAACAACUGCUUUAAAAGAGAAAAAAUCAGAAGAAACUGCUUUUCGAUAAUCAAUUAUGAAUGAAGAUGAAACCUAAUUAUUUAAGAAGUAUGAGAGGUUUACUGAAAAUGAUCUUCCAAUAAGAAGAAUUAAUUCAUUUGAGAGAUUAAAACAUCUAGAACAGUCAAUUUUGGGUUGUGAAAAAAAAGAAUUAAACACAUAUGUAAUAACACCUGGAUUGGUUUAUGGUAAUGGAGAAGAUAUUCUAUAUGAACUUUUCAAAACAGUUUGGAUGAAUCCAGAUGCUGAAUUACCAAUACAUGGGGAAGGCAAUAACAUUAUUCCAAUGAUUCAUGUUAAUGAUUUAGCAAGCAUAGUGAGGAAAGCUACAAUUCUAAAUCCUCAAGAUAAAUAUAUUUUUGCAGUGGAUUAUGAGAAUAUGACUUAAAAGAAAUUGGUUACUACCAUCGCUAAAUGUAUUGGAAAUGGGAAAACAAAAACAGUAACAAAUUGCUCAGAGAAGAUGUUAAAGAUGAAUGUUUGGUUGAGGCCAACUCAAAUUUUCGAUUCAAAUGAUCAAAUUAAUGAUGCUCAAAAGAAUUCAUCAGUUAAUUGGGAAUUUCAGGAAGGGUUUACUAAAAAUAUCUAUAAAAUAAGAGAUCAAUUUAAAUUAUAUCGUGGCUUAGAUACAAUUAAAUUAAUAGUUCAUGGAGGUCCAGCAGCAGGAAAAUCUUAUUUAAGUUAGCAAUUAUCAAAUUAUUAUCGCAUCCCUCACAUUUAGAUAAAAAAAUUAAUAUUAGAUUUAAUAGAUUCUCCCACAAAAUUAGGGGAAUUAUUAAAAACAACUUUAUAGUAAGUUAAAGAUUAGAUGGUUACAGAAGCAUUAGCAGUAUUCGAGGCUGAAAAAAAGAAGAAAAAGGUACCGAAAGGGCAACCAGAACCUGUAUUCGAUGCUUCAACUAUUAUUCCUAGAUUACCUGAUCAUAUUUUAAUCUAAGCAUAUAAGUGGAGACUUGAGUAAAAUGAUACAUAAAAUCUUGGAUAUGUUUUGGAUGGUUUUCCAAAAACUUUAGAAUAAUAUGAACUAUUAUUUUAGAAUGAGAACAAUUAAGUAAUUGAAAAUAUUAAACCAAAAGGAGUUAUAUACUUUGACUAUUCAGAUGAUUAAUUGAAGGAGAAAGCAAGAUAGAUUAUCGAUCAACCUAGAUACACAGAAGAACAGGUAAGUAGAAGGAUAGUUAAUUUUAGAAAAUCAAACGAUUCCCUAUUAUAAUAAUACGAAAAAUUUGAUAUUAAAAGAAUAAACCUUUCCGAAUCUGCUUUUGAUUAAGCUUUAGAAUUUAUUACUCGUAAUGGUCCCAUUUUAGUGCUAUAAGAAAAAAAAGAAGAAGACUAUAUUGAAAUUGAAGUUAUUUAAGAAGAUGUUUCUCCAGAAUUAUAGACAGCUCAAUAAUAAGAAUCAAACUAAUAGUAGGAGAAAAAGAUACCAAUUUCUCAAUCAUAAGUUUAAUAAUCAUAAUUAGGAGUGAAGAAAAAGACAGAUUAAUUAAAUAAAUCUCUAAAUGAGAGUCGUGUUUCAAAGGAAAAAUAAAAAUUGACUGAUGAAUAAAAAUUUGAAUAAUUUAAACAGUAAGAAAAAGAGCAACUUGAUUUAAGAAGCUAACCUCUUAGAUAAUAUUUAGCCGAUAAUGUAGUGCCUUAUUUAGCUGAGGCAUUAGUUGUUCUAUGUGAAAAACACCCUGAAAAUCCAAUUAACUUUUUAGCAGACUUUUUAGAAUAAAAAGGAAAUGAAUUAUAAGCUAAUGGGUAAAUUGGAUAAUGA